AUGAAUCCAGCUCAGAGCCGAGCGAUGUUGGUGAUAAGCGAGUUUUUAGUAGCUCUGGUCAUCUCUCUCUUUGUUGUGCAAUUUCUGAAACUGAAGUGGGCAUGUAGCCGGCUUCCUCCUGGACCAACUCCCCUCCCCCUCAUCGGCACCAUGUUGCAGAUGGAUUUCAAACGCCUGCACGAGACUCUCAUUAAGUUGGCACAGAUUUACGGGAACACCUUCACCUUGUGGAUUGGACAUAAUCCUGUCAUCAUACUGAAUGGAUUCCCAACUGUGAAGGAUGGCCUGACUAUCCACUCUGAAGCCAUCUCUGGCCGCCCAACAACCCCUUUCUUUCAGAAAACAGCCGGAGGAAAGGGUAUUAUUUUCACAAGUGGUCACACCUGGAAGCAGCAGAGACGCUUCGGGCUGAUGACCCUGCGGAACCUGGGGCUGGGCAAAAAAGGCCUGGAGCACCGAAUCCAAGAGGAGGCCCAUCACCUGGUGGAGUACUUUAUGAAUGAGAGAGGAGAUCCCCUGGAUCCUUCUUUCCCCAUCGUCCAUUCGGUCUCAAACGUGAUUGCGGCGGUGGUGUUUGGACAUCGCUUUUCCAUUGAGGACAAAAAUUUCCACCAGCUGAUUGAAAACAAUGAUUACUUGGUCAAACAUGAGAACAGCAUCAUCGUGCUACUGUAUGAUGUUUUCCCCUGGCUCCUGGAUCAUCUCCCAGGCACUCACCAGAAGGUAUUCUAUUGCCAAGAAUUUGUCCGGUCUUUUGCAAGGAAGGAGGUCAGAAGCCACCAAGAGAGUGGGUCACCAGACGAACCACAGGAUUUCAUUGAUUUCUACCUGGCUCAGAUAGACAAAAGCAAAGCUGACCCUGAUUCGACCUUUGAUGAAGACAACCUGGUCCAGACUGUUUUCGACCUUUUCUUGGCAGGGACAGAAACCACAACCUCCACCAUACGCUGGGCAGUGCUUUAUAUGGUGGCUUACCCAGACGUCCAAGAGAAAGUCCAGAAGGAGCUGGAUGCUGAGCUGGGUCCCUCCCAAUUAAUCCGCUACGAGGAUCGGAAGAACCUGCCCUACACCAAUGCCGUGAUUCAUGAGAUCCAGCGCUACAGCAACAUCGUUGCAGUCGGAAUGCCUAGAGAAUGUGUAAAAGACACAAUGCUGCAGGGCUUUCCCGUUGAGAAGGGCACCGUUAUUCUCCCAAAUUUAAGCUCUGCCUUGCUUGACCCUGAGCAAUGGGAGACACCUCGACAGUUCAACCCAAAUCACUUCCUGGAUCAGGAUGGAAAUUUUGUGACCAAAGAAGCUUUCUUACCAUUCUCAGCAGGGCCCCGUGUGUGUUUGGGGGAGCAGCUGGCAAGGACUGAGCUCUUCAUCUUCUUCACCAACCUGCUGCGGGCGUUCACCUUCAGGCUACCGGAGGGAGUGAAGGAAAUCAACACCGAGUCCAUGCUAGGGGGUUUAUUGCAGCCUCAUCCCUAUAAGAUCUGUGCUGUUCCUCGCUAG